AUUGACGAUACCGUCCAAUAAACAAUCAAUUUUAAAGUAAUUGUGAGCAAAUAAUUUAACACAAAAAAUGUUAAAGAUUUUAAUUAUUUUUUUGAGUUUGGUGGUUCUAAUAAGUUGUAAAUCAUUAGAUUCAGUAACUACAAGUUCAACAAUUAUUGAAAAUGUCUCAUUCAUAAAACUAGGAACUUACAGAGGAUUUACUGACGAUGGUACCGAAUAUCAAAAGUCAUAUUUCCCAAUAUUUCCUUUCACGAUCAUCAUAUUCACGACCAGCUUGGGGAGAAUCAAGUUCAUUUUGUAACUCAUAUGGCUUCGAAAUGUUAACACUUGAGACAUUAGAGGAGCAGCAGUCAUUCUUUAUGCAACUUGAAAGCAGCACUUAUUUGAGAUCUCUAAAUUAUGUUUGGUAUUGGGUCGAUAGUAUCAGAGUAGGUCCAACUACAGACUGGUAUUGGACAAAAUCUGGAAAGAAAAUAUCAUUUCCGAUUCCUUGGCUUUCAUAUCAACCUGACAAUUAUGAAGGCAUAGAAUAUUGCCUUAAUAUUAGUAAACUCACUAUGAAUGCAAAAUUCGGUUAUGCAGAUGCAAAAUGUGAUAAUAAUUCUAAUGUAGCUUAAUAAAGUUUAAU